CGGCUGAUCAAGCGUGCCUCCAGCUCUGAGGAGACGGCUCCGACUACUGCUAAUAGGGUCCACGUGGUAUCUCUGCGCUAGCUGCAUCACGCAGCAUAGGAGAAGCUUUCAGGUUUCGUCUGUUCGGCAGGAGAGGGCUGGGCGGCUCGAGCCGUGGCGAUCACACUGUUGUUGUCAGAGGCAGAGUUCACUGACAAGCAUGCCGAUUGGGGCAGGCAAUGGCAUGGGAUCGCUGGGAAGCGAAGGUGACAAGGCGAUAGCUGUGCUUUAUGGGAGUCGUGUCAAGAUUGAAAACGCGAACGGCACUGCUAGCUUAAUGCAGGGAGAGGAAUGCCGGCAACCAGGAAGACGCUGGCAGAGGAACCGCAAGACGUCAUCAUCAUCAUCAUGCAAGCGGCCAAUACCAAGAUCAAAACACGCCUUGUUGAUGUCAACGUUGAUGCUGAUGGUUAUGCUGACGAUAACUUCCGGUCGAAUGCACGGGGGAGGAGCAUGGUGUUCGUGUCUAGUCGUCUGUUCGUUUGUGGUGUUGAGAGCGGUGAGGAUGCUAAGGGUACUCGGUUAUUGCCGUCUGCUGAGGUUCUUCGGCGACAUGGGGACAGCGGCGGUUUUGGCACAUCUCGGGGGCGUUCUCCUGCUGCUGCUGCCUACGGUGGAUGCCGGACAGUGCGCCUUCACGCAGGAGUGCUUUCAGUUCGGGCUCGACACCGACUGCACCCCCAUCCCAGCGGAAGGUGACACGGCCGUAUCGUUUCCCAUGGAUAGCUCUCACGGCUUCGGCGUUUUUCACGACAAAGUCUGGGACGGGUCUGUUGAAGACCCAUCGACUGGCCUAUGCGACGAAGGAAGGCCAGAUUCAGACGGCAGGUGCAUCGUGGACUUCGUCGCUCCAAAGGGCCUGAAAGACGUGGCGCCCAUCAUCUGCCCACAAUAUAAAGAUAGCGGAUGCUGCAGCUGGCAACAGAACUACGCCCUCUACCAGAACCUCGGUUUACUCGUGGAGAGCUUCGGUUCUACGACAGGCUGCCUGGCCUGUGCCGUUAAUCUGGUCAACUUUUGGUGCGCGUUGGUUUGCUCACCGGACCAAGGCGCCUUCGCUUCCAUGCAUGACCCACCCUUCGAUCAGGCGAAGGAGGGACGACCUGACGGGAGGAUCUUCGCGAGUCCUGCAGCUUGAUGUCAACGUAGACGGAGACAUGGCUUGCCGAAUAUACGAGUCGUGCAAGAGCAUAGCUGUGGUAGGCGAGACGACGGCUAUGCAAUCGGGACUGGGCUUGCUGAAGUUUCAGCUGCAAACAGGCGCAGUGGGGCACGGGGAAUUUUUCUUCCCUUCCUUUGAAACGAACUCGAGCACAGAAUCCCCGUGUGGAAACAAGCGCUUACCCGCGAGCGGAAGUCUUGAUGUGCUUGCUUCGGAAAAGGAAGACGACUCACAAGUCGCAGCAUCUGCGCCGGCUGCGUCCUCUGGGUCGUCUUCUAUGUCCUUCGACACGCUGGCGUGCGACUCGUUCUACGAUCCGGGGAGCUCGACGAUUCCUUUCGCGUACCCACCCAAGAGGGAAGACAUCAUUUCUUGCACGUGCGACUACUGUGUGCAAGCAUGCUCGGGAGGGGGCUCGAUCGACGUGGACGUGAGCGACAAGAACCCAAUACCCGUACUAGACGGCUUCGGCGUGGGCUUGGUCGGCGGGGUGUAUGUCGCAGUUGUGGCCUGUAGCUUGACUCUGUUUUGGUGGCGGCGAAACCAGAAGAAGAAGCCCACGAAGCCGGCAGCGGCAGGCUGGGCGACGAUCCAACACCGAUGACGACGGCACUCGCCAUUACAGUGUUUGGACAUGUGUAUGGGAGCCAACGAUUGUUUCACGUCGGGCGCAAAGUCGUCUCGUUGCGGCUGUUCCUUUGUAGAAACAGUUUCCUGUGCGAUAUGUUGUUGCCUGUUCGUGAAAGCUGGGGGUGGGCGUGUGCUACAUCAAUGGCAAUCGUGCCCAAGAAUGGACCACCAAUGAACAACCCUGCAGAGCAACAAGUGGGGCCAAGACACUGACAGCACCAACCACCCACGGAAAGGCACACACACCACACCCCAAUAUCUACUGCUGGCUACGUCGGCGAGCUUAGUCAGUGAUUGCUUUCAAGAGUACACCACCCGAUGUAACGGUUGUAGCCUGCUUUGCCCAUCGCCCUUUGAUUGCUCUGCCUUAUUGGUUGCAUUCUGAUGGGGAGGUUAGCACCCCAACUGCAUGGACAGUCGUGUGGCCGCAGUGGGAUCGCUCACGUUGAGUUGUCGCGCAGCACAAAACAGCAUUUUUUUUCCUCUUUAUUAUGAGUAGCACUUUACUUCUGGUUUGUCCCCGCCAAAUCGGGGCAACAGCGCCAUAUUUGUAGGCGCGUGUUCCCAAGCCCUUUG